CGGGAAGCCAAACCGCCAUCUUUCUCCCGAGAAAACUAUCGGCGAGGCAACAACUCCCCCCAACUGACCCUAAAACUAGUCCCCGCAACUUGCUGAGGCCACAGUAAGGAAUGGCAACUAGUGCCGCCUGCUUGUGCGUGUGCCGUGGCAAGUUGCGAGGAGGAGUGACCAUGACCGCCACCACCCACUUGUUCGUCCCAGGUAUAUAACCGCCCGCCUCUCUCCUCCGGCUCUACCAGCUCUCUCUCUCUCCCGGUCUCGGCUCCCCUCUUGCGAAUCUCCCGUGAGGAAAAAUCAAGAACCUUGAGGUGGAGUAGGGGUACAUAGAGGAGCAGGCAAGCAAGCAGCAGCAAUGCCGUACACGGCUCCGAGGCCGUCGCCGCAGCAGCACAGCCGGAUCACUGGCUGCGGCGGAGGAGGAGUGGGGAAGGCGGCGUCGCACGGGCCGUCGUGCGCGGCGGUGCCGGGGGAGGUGGCGCGGCACCACGAGCACGCGGCGCGCGCCGGGCAGUGCUGCUCGGCGGUGGUGCAGGCGAUCGCGGCGCCCGUGGGGGCGGUCUGGUCGGUGGUGCGGCGCUUCGACCGGCCGCAGGCGUACAAGCACUUCAUCCGGAGCUGCCGCCUCGUGGACGGUGACGGCGGCGCCGUGGGCUCCGUGCGGGAGGUGCGCGUCGUGUCGGGCCUCCCCGCCACCAGCAGCCGCGAGCGGCUCGAGAUCCUCGACGACGAGCGCCGCGUGCUCAGCUUCCGGGUCGUCGGCGGGGAGCACCGACUCGCCAACUACCGGUCGGUCACCACCGUGCACGAGGCCGCCGCCGGCCACACUGUGGUGGUCGAGUCGUACGUCGUCGACGUGCCGCCCGGGAACACCGCGGACGAGACGCGCACGUUCGUGGACACCAUCGUGCGCUGCAACCUCCAGUCGCUGGCGCGCACCGCCGAGCAGCUCGCUGCCGCCCUGGCGUAGCGAUGCCCGUGUCAACGGCCGCCGGCCGGGGUCCGGCCUUUUUGCGGGACGUUGUUUCUUGACUUCUUCCUGCUCUUUUGCCCUAUUGGGUUGGGGGAGAUGGAUCCAUGGAUUCGUUGUUCACCAGUUCUAGAUUGAUUUAGCUCGUGAUUUGAUUUUUUUUCUUUUUUUCUUUUUGGGCGACACAUAGUAAAAAAAUCAUUUGUGUGGCUGUUGCCUGAUAUUUGACACCUACCCACAUACAUGUACAACUUUUAGUUGUCUAGCUACUUCUUGACCUUAAUGUUCAAAAAAACUUCUUGACCUAGGUAAAUCAAAUCAUCGUACUCUUAAUUUACCCCGUUCUAUAAAGUAAAAUCACUGCUUGGUGAGCA